AUGGCACACGCUUACGAAAAAAGAUGCACGAAUUGCAGGCAUAAAAUCCAGCAAAUAGUAAAACUAUCAGAAGGAACUAAUAAUUUACGACAUGCAUUAUGUCCUAACUGCAAUAAUAUAGCAGAUAAAUAUGCAAUAUCCAGGUGCACCUUAUACAGUGACUUAUUUUUAUUCAAAACAGAAGCAUAUAUGCACCUUGUAUUCAACUCACAAGGAAGUCACUUAGAAAGAGUACUUUUAAUAAGAAUGAUAAUCCUUCUGAUAAAUACAUUAGAUAGAUCGAUCUACUUCUCACUCCCUGAUGUACUCAUAUCGAUUACUGCACAAGUAUCUGAGAUUAUAAUUACAAUUUUAUUCCUCCAUAGAUCUAUGCCCUUCAGGAGAAUACUCCAUGUGACAACAGUUCUCUCCGUAUUCUCCCUUGUGAAACCGUUUAUUUUUCUGGCUAGUCACCCAAUUUCCAGUACAUAUUACCAAAUGUGCAAUAUCCUUGGGUAUAUGAUGCUCUCAAAGGCACUCUCUGUCUAUUUAUUAUGGAAUACUCAGACUGUUUUGACUUUCUUGGUUGUACUCCGUAUAACAACUGGUUUUGUCUUCUAUGGAGACGUACAAAUUUAA